ACGUGCGUCGCAAUUCUUCGGUACCGCGUGGAAACGCUCUGUGUUUCAGUUGUUAAAGAAAUUCUCUUCAAAAUGAGCAAAAAAGUAUUGAGCAGUAAACGGUUGGCGAACCCUAAAGCUCAGACUGCCAACCAGCCGAAAGCAACGGGAGGGUCGGGUACGAUUUUGGUGCGCCAUCUACCAAAAGGCUUCGUGGAACAAAAGGUUCGUUCGUUCUUUGCCCAUUUUGGAGACAUCGAAAAAGUGGUUGUCGGACGCUCGAAGACAACGGCGCGCGAGUUGGGCCACGCGUAUGUGAAAUUCAGCAUCUACGAGGUGGCAGAAAUUGCGGCCAGCUCCGUAAACAACUAUCCGCUAUUUGACCAAGUUUUGCAAGCGUCUGUGUUACCGAGGAGAUACAAGGGCAUUCCACGCAAUGCGGGACAAGUAAUUGAUACGGAUGGAAAACGAACCACAAUAUAUACCAAAUGGCUCAAGCGCCAGGCUGCGCUGGCAAAUAAGGUCGUAGUAAGCGAGUCAUCGUUGAAAGCUAGAUUGGCUCGCAAGUUGGCCAAGGUGAAACGAGCCGCCAACAAUCUCGGUGAAGCCACAGACCUUAAGAACAUGUACACAAAGACCGCAGAGCUACUCGAAAAAGAGCAACGAGUUCAACAAAGUAAAAAAGAGGUUGAGCCAGCCACUCCUCCGGUCGUGCAAAAUUUAUCCGAAAAACGUCGUCCUAAAACACCCUCCGAAAAAGAAUCAGCGAUUGCUGCCGCAACCAAGUACGCUGAGAAAAUGCUCCCAGGAGCAGCCAAAGUGGAGUCGGCCAACGAGAAAGUGAAAAAAGUCAGUACAGAAGAGAAGAACGCCAAAAGCCAAGGAAUGAAAAAGCGACAAAAUACGGGCAAGGGAAACCUGCUGGUAACUUCGUCCGCGAAGCGUCAGCGCAAGUAAUACGCUAGCUUUAGUGACAUUAUCUCCUGUUUUGGUUCCAUUACAAUCUCUGAUGUUGGAACUUUG